AUGGUGCCGACCAAAGAAAUUAUCCUCGGAUAUGCUGCUGAGGGCAUGUCAGCCUUAGUUGAUGUUGCCAUGAAGCAGCCUACCGUGGUGUUAGAAGAAGUCGCCGGAAUCACCUCCGUCAAGUGCACCGACUCCGCUGUGUCCAUGAUCUUUAGCGAUACUGCUGCUGUCAAAGCCGCCUCUGCCGCGUGGCCUAAAUCUAACUUCAUCAUCAUUACUUACUCUCCCGAUGGCGGCUGCAACACUGCCGACGAGCGUGGUUUCUACACCGUCUCCGCCAUUAGUUUUGAUGAGGCUUCUUUCACUGCCACUGCUUCUGGCCAGCGCUCUGCUCUUGACGAACAGAGUGAGGAUGCCGUUGUUGAAUUUGAUACGAUCACGGCUCCUGCCAAGCGCGACCUCCAGACAUCAUUCAGUGGCGAGAUUAAUGGUACCCUCAUCGAUACAGGAAACCUCAAGAUUGUCGUCGAUCAAGCGAAGUUCGAAAGCAAUAUCCGUAUCAAGGGCGGCUUCCGUUUCAACUUCCUCAAGUUCAAGUCUAGCAAGAUGUAUCUUGACAUCGACUACUCUGGUCUCGUAAACCUCAACGUAUCUACAACUGUCGCUGCUUCCUUCUCUUCCGACAUGUACAAGUACCAGCCGCUUUCCGCGUCUGUCUCAGCUUUUAGCAUUCCCGGAAUUCUCGAUGUCGGUCCCAUCGCAAAAUUCGGUCUGGGUGUCGAGUUUGCAGCAUCAGGUACUGUCGAUGCCUCCCUCGGUCUCCACAGCGAGAUUGUCAAUGGUCAGGUCCACCUCGAUCUCCUUGACUCCAAUAAGACCUCAUCUAGUGGUUGGAAACCCGAAACCUCCGUCUCCUCUGAUGUCAGUGCCGAGGUGUCACUACAGCUCAACCCGUAUCUCGACUUGAACCUUGCCCUAGGUAUCCGUGUUUUCAAAGGCGUCAUUGAUCUGACCACCGGAGUUGAAGUCAAGCCUCAGAUCAUCAACGCCUUCUCUGCUGACCUCAAUUUUGCCUAUGCUAGUAGUUCAGGUAUUACCUUCACUAAACCAGACACGGCUACCUGCCCCAACGGCGCCUGGUUCGCCAGCACCUUCAACAUGGAUGUUAAUGCCUACAUUGGAACUGUCUACACCAAGACGCUAUACAGUGUUAAUGCUCCUAUCUUCCAGCCUCAGUGCUGGAGUUUCGCUGGUUGA